AUGAAAUUCAGCAUCCUCCUUCCCUUCCUGGCAUACGCUUCAAGCGUCUCCGGGGCCAUUACCUGGACGCUGUCCAAGUCCGCCUCGCCCUCGGCCGACGAGUCCGACGCCUAUGCCAAGAUCGAAGCCGCGAUGCGUCUCGCCGUCGCACGCUACGGUCGCUACUCGUCCGCCAGCAAGACAAUCCGCGUAGCCUAUGCUCCGGGCGUGCCGACCGCGGAGGCAAACUUCAACGGCGACCUGCGGUUUGGCUCCAACAGGGCGUACAUGAAUGAGCGCACGGCCAUGCACGAGAUCUCGCACACGCUGGGUAUUGGACAGACCAGCGCGUUCGACACAAAGUGCGCGGCGGGCGAUUGGCGGACGGCGCUGCCGCUGCUGAGGAGCUGGGAUGGUGCGAGUGCGGUGAUUAACUGCGGAGGUGGACACAUCUGGCCAUAUGGACUCAACUACGAUACCGAAUGGAGUGAGACGAACGCAGAUAGGCAUGUGCAGCUCAUUGAUGCAAUGAUCAAGGAUGGGUUGCAGGGCUGA